GGCAUGCUGACAACUUCUCUUAUAUUGAGCCCAUCAGUGAUAAUUUGUGGCGACUAUCUCCGCUUAUCGCUGCCAGGCCCACUGGGAUAUCGCUCGUAAAUGGAUUGCUGCUACGCUACCGAGGGUCCUGUAUCGGUUACGAGUGCUAUGAAUAGGAAAACCCAUUCAAAUAAACCGAUACUCCAACAUAUAUCUGACAAGCAUCCGAAGCACGUUUUGGAAGCUUUAGACGGGCUACGACAGUGCAAAGAACUUUGCGAUGUGGUUUUACGCGUUGGGUCGAGAGUGCUGUAUGCUCAUAGAGUGAUUCUAGCCUCUUGUUCUCCGUAUUUCAAGGCUAUGUUCACAGGAGAACUGGUUGAAAGUCGACAAAUGGAGGUGCCAAUUAAAGAUGUAGAUGAACACGCGAUGGAAUUAUUGAUAGCAUUUGCUUAUACAGGAUCGAUAACUAUCAAAGAGUCAAACGUCCAGACGCUUCUACCGGCUGCUUGCUUGCUACAAUUAACCGAAAUUCAGGAGAUUUGUUGUGAGUUUUUAAAAAAGCAGUUAGAUCCGACGAAUUGUCUAGGUAUUCGGGCAUUUGCUGACACUCACGCAUGUCGCGAGUUACUGCGUUUUGCAGACAUGUUUACACAGCAUAAUUUUCAAGAGGUUGCAGAAAGCGAGGAAUUUUUAUUGCUACCAUAUGGUCAGUUGCUAGACAUUCUCUCAAGCGAUGAACUGAAUGUUUCCUCGGAGGAGCUUGUUUUUAAGGCAGUUAUGUCAUGGAUCAAGCACAACGUCUCCGAGCGUCGUCACCACCUUCCAACUGUUUUACAGCAUGUCCGACUCCCCCUGCUAGGGCCGAAAUUCUUGGUAGGGGUUGUUGGUACUGAUAUGUUAAUCAAAAGUGAUGAAGCAUGUAGAGACCUUGUUGAUGAGGCAAAGAAUUACCUUUUGUUGCCUGAGCAAAGGUUGCUAAUGCAGGGGCCUAGAACUAGACCUCGAAGGCCAACAAAGUGUACUGAAGUUCUUUUUGCAGUAGGUGGGUGGUGUAGUGGUGAUGCUAUUAAUAGUGUUGAGAGGUAUGAUCCUCAGAAUGGUGAGUGGAGGUUGGUUUCACCAAUGAAUAAGCGACGUUGUGGAGUUGGCGUUGCUGUGUUGGAUAACUUGUUGUAUGCAGUUGGUGGCCAUGAUGGAAGUAGUUACCUAAAUAGUGUUGAGAGGUAUGAUCCAAAGACUAACCAAUGGAGUUCUGAGGUUGCUCCAACCAGCACAUGUCGGACAAGUGUUGGUGUUGCUGUUCUCAAAGGCCAUAUGUAUGCAGUUGGUGGCCAGGAUGGUGUAUCCUGUCUCAACAUUGUUGAGCGAUAUGACCCAAAAGAGAACCGGUGGACCAGAGUUGCUCCAAUGAGUACCAGACGGCUUGGCGUAGCUGUGGCAGUGCUUAAUGGCUACCUUUAUGCAGUUGGAGGGUCAGAUGGUACCUCACCAUUAAACACAGUUGAACGAUAUGAUCCUACAGCUAAUCAUUGGAAGGCCAUGCCAUCAAUGGGUACAAGACGAAAGCACCUUGGCGUGUCAGCAUUUCAAGAUAAACUUUUUGCUGUUGGUGGCCGUGAUGACUCAACUGAGCUGAGCAGUGCUGAAUGUUUUGAUCCCGAGACAAACCAAUGGAGUCCUGUGGUUGCUAUGAACUCUCGACGUAGUGGUGUGGGUCUUGCUGUUGUUAAUGGACAGCUGCUUGCGGUAGGCGGGUUUGAUGGUACCACCUACUUGAAGACCAUUGAGGUCCUGGACUCAAAUAGCCAAUGGAAGAUGUAUGGUGGUAUGAACUAUAGAAGACUAGGUGGGGGUGUAGGGGUGGUUAAGGUACCAUUGUGUGAUACCAUAGGGUGUUAAUAAUGGUGUUUAAUAGUGGUGUUUUUGUGAGUUUGUACAGUAGAUGGUUGUCAGGCAAGCUAUACAGUACUUUGUUGUGCUGUAUUGUAUUUCAAGCCCACAAUACAGGGUCAGGAUUUCAAUAUGACCUGAGUAUGAAUAUUCUGAAGUUUGACACUGACUAUCAUCUUCUGCCACUUAUGCUUACUAACACCCGGCAAUUGUAGAUAGUUGUGUAAGAAGGUGUAGUAUGUUCAAUUAUAGAAUUGUUUAAAAUGUCAGGU